CAAUGUCAAAAGUCAAAACAAUGUGGGCAUUGUGAUUGUGUUUAAUUUUUGGUUAUUCUUCAUAAAAUAUUAAAAAAUGGGGUUAACGAAGCAAUAUUUACGUUAUGCUCCUAGUGGAACGUUUAAUGUGGUCGCUAGUUCUGAUUGCAACAGCAUACAUGUAACUCUUAAUGGAAUAUCUGGAAGAUACAUAGCAGUUGGUGCAUGUGAGCAUGUUAUUAUUUGGGAUAUGCGAUUAGGGGAAAAGGCUCAAGUUAUAACUGGUGAGAAAGAAAUAGUUACUCAAAUUGCUGCAAGUCCAACGGGUAAUCAUAUGGCUGUGGGCUACAAUGAUGGUAAUAUAAAUGUGUACGAUCUGACAAAUAAUGAGUUGGUUUGUGUGUUUGCGGGACACAAAUCAGCCGUUACAUGCCUUCAAUAUGAUGAACAAGGACAUAGAAUCGUUUCUGGUUCAAAAGAUACAGAAGUUAUAUUAUGGGAUGUGGUUGCAGAAACAGGUAUAGCUAGAUUCAGUGGGCACAAGGGUGUUAUAACGAGCACCCUUUUCAUUAAUGGUAAGAAUUGUAUUGUUAGCUCUUCAAAAGAUACCUUCGUGAAGUUCUGGGACAUUGAAACUAAGCAUUGCUUCAAGACACUUGGUGGACAUCAGAUGGAGGUAUGGUCAGCAGUUCUAAUAAAAGAAGAAAGGUAUCUCGUAACUGGUACAAUGGAUCAAGAGUUAAGAGUGUGGAAACUUGUGUGGACUGAUAAAGUGAAGGAAGAGGAUAAGAUCACUCAGCAACUUGAGAUUGUGAAGCUGGAAGAUGGCGACUCUGCUGAAGAUAGCUCUGUGUUACAAUGUCAUCAAGUGGGUACACUAGUGCGAGGGGGUAAAGGUCGUGUAGUCGGUCUCGCGACAGACCUCGGGCAAACGGUACUCGCAUGUUUUGGAACGGAUUCCCUGUUGGAAUUGUUCGCAUUUUGUACGGAUGACGAAGCUAAGGCGCGAAUGACGAAGCGGAUAAAGAAGCAACGAAAGAAACUUGCGAAACAGGCAGAAAGCCAAGCAGAGUCAGAAGACAUAAUAGAAGUGUCUGAAAUAUUAACAUUGUCAGAUGAAGUAAAAAGAUUACCAUCUAUGAAACUAUCUGGUAAAUUGAAGUCAACGACACUCUUAUUAGGAAUGAGCGGCGAAUUGAGAGUAGGAGCUACUCUAGCUUCUAAUUGUGUUGAGUUGCAUAGUUUGGAUAUAAAUGGUUCAAAUGAGGUAAAAUGUCUAAAACAAAUCACAUUACCUGGUCAUCAAAAGGAGCCUAGAUGUGUAGCAAUGAGCUCAGAUAACUUAGCUAUAUUAUCAGCUUCUGCUGACUCCAUCAAAUUGUGGAAUAGAAACAGCCAAUCAUGCCUCCGCACAGUCCCCGUGCCGUCCGGGCGGCCGGUUUGCGCAUGCUUCGCUCCCGGCGACCGUCAUGCGCUCGUGGGGUGUGUGGACGGAGCACUACUGCUGGUUGAUGUGGCCGCUGGUACGGUGUUGGAGCAGGUGCCGGCGCAUGAAGGAGGGUGCAAUGCGGUCGGAUUGACACCGGAUAUGCGUGGUUGUUAUUCCGGAGGAGCUGACAAAACUGUUAAAUUAUGGCAAUUUGAACUCAUUGAUGAUCCAACGGGUGAAUCCAAAGCUAAGGUGUUGUCUCUGCUCCAUACAAGAACACUAGAAUUAGAAGAAAACGUAACAGCAGUCAGAAUAAGCCCCAAUAAUAAAUUUAUUGCUGUUGCUCUACUGGACUCAACUGUUAAGAUAUUCUUUCUAGAUACUUUCAAAUUCUACCUAUCCCUCUACGGGCACAAACUACCCGUACUCUCCCUGGACAUAAGCUACGACUCCAACAUAAUAGCCACAGGCUCCGCAGACAGGAACGUCAAGAUCUGGGGCAUGGACUUCGGGGACUGCCACAAGUCGAUAUUCGCUCACAACGACUCGGUCACAGCGUUGCAGUUUGUACCGAGUACGCAUUACUUCUUUACGGGCUCGAGAGAUGGCAAAGUGAAACAGUGGGAUGGGGACUCGUAUGAUAAUAUUAUAACGCUGAAUGGCCACGCAGGCGAGUGUUACGGUGUGUCCGUUGGUGCGGGCGGUUUGCACGCAGUGUCGUGCGGUGCGGACCGUGCGUUACGGCUGUACACACGGACAGACGAACCGCUUGUGUUGGGGGAUACUGAUGAAGCGGAGGAGGGACUCGCUACUGGGGAACAGCAUGCCCCUAUCCCAGGUCUUCCAGGCAUUAACAUACCCACAAAGAAAACUAUAGGCGCUGAGAAAGCAGCUGAUUCAAUCCUGGAAUGCCUGUCUAUUGGCGCGGAGUUCCAGCGCGAAGUGAACGCGACUCGAGCGCCGGUACAGCCGCCCGUGCUCAUGGCGGCGUACAACUGCAACACCGCUGAGGACUUCCUGCUCGAGACAGUUAGGAGAAUACGGUCUAGUGACAUAGAAGAAGCGCUGCUCCUGCUGCCGUUCAACUCGGCGUGCGAGAUAGUGAAGAUGCUGCCGACGCUGCUGGAGCGCGGCGACCACAGCGAGCUGGCGUGCCGCCUGGCCGCGCGCCUGCUGCGCCUGCACCACGCGCCGCUCGCCGCCACCGCCGCGCUCACCAAGCCCCUCAUACAGAUACAGGCCAAGGCGCACGUGCGCCUGAGCGAGCUGCGGGACAUGGUUGGAUACAACCUCCACGCGCUACAAUGGCUCCGUCGCGAGGCCGAAGCGCGCGAGGAGGAGCAGCUGUUCGCGAGCGCGGGCGAGACGCGCAAGCUGCGCGAGCGGAACACGCGCCGCCGGCACGCGCUCAAGAGACCUAUUGUUACUGUUACUUGA